AUGGCCGCACGAAAAACACAACAAGAAAUCGACAAGACCUUCAAGAAGGUCGCUGAAGGAAUCCAGACGUUUGAAGGUAUCUACGAGAAGAUCCGCCAAGCCACGAAUCCAACGCAACGGGAUAAGCUCGAAGACCACCUGAAGCGCGAGAUCAAGAAGCUGCAAAGGUUCCGUGAUCAGAUCAAAUCAUGGGCCGCCGGAAAUGAAGUCAAGGAUAAAGCUCCGCUUAUUGAGCAGCGAAAAGCCAUUGAAGUGUGCAUGGAACAAUUCAAGGCCGUCGAGAAGGAAAUGAAGACUAAAGCGUACUCCAAAGAAGGGCUAUCGGCAGCUUCCCGACUCGAUCCAAAGGAGAAGGAGCGGGUUGAGUGUUCCGAGUUCCUAUCGAAUAUGGUCGAUGAGUUACAGUUGAAGAUCGAAGCCCUCGAGGCCGAGGAGGAAACACUCCAUGCGCAAAUGAAGAAGGGCAAGAAAGACACCAAGAAGGCCGAUCGAAUGGCCGACAUCUCCCACGUAACCGAACGACAUAAGUGGCACGUGAACAAGUUGGAGUUCCUCAAUCGCUCCUUACAAAACGGCAAUUUGGACGUUGGUGCAGUGCAAGAUCUCAAGGAAAGUAUCAAAUACUACGUUGAGGAAGGUGGCAGCCCUGAUUACUCUGGCGAGGACGAGACUCUUUACGAUGACCUCAACAUUGGUGAGGAGAUCGAGGCGCAGUUCGGCAUGGGAGGCGAGGGUGAUCGCGUAUCAUCACAAGACGCCCAAUCAGUACCAGACGAGGAGCCUGAAUCUAAAUCAAAAGCCAAACCAGAAGUGGCUGCCCCACGAAGACCGUCCACCCAGAUGAAAUCCCCGCUUCCCGUCCUGGCCACUCUCCACCCCGCUGCUUCAUCUAGUGCCACGCCUGGUAUGAAGCCCGCUCCGCUACCCACCCGACCCCCUGGCGAGACCCUUAAGUACGCCUCCGCCGCCGCCGCGGCUGCUGCAAGCGAUAAAAGUGGUGUGGGAAUUCUCCCUCUUCCUCCCCCACCUGGUCUGAGCCCCGCUCUUUCCGUGGCUAUGCCCGUAUCCAAAUCAUCCACAGCCUCGCCCAUUGUCGCUCCCGCACAGCCAGUUCCCAAACCCACAGUCUCCCCUGCUGCGGCUACCGUGUCAGAAGACCUCGGUACCAUUGGCCGAUCCAAGAUUCUCGCCGGUGCCAGGUCAUCGCCUGCACCAGCCAAGGUGGAAGCAUCAACAAAUGGGAAACCAGACACCGAGAGCACGGAAAGCACCGAGUCGAUAUAUCACCUGCCUCCGGGUCUUCAAGACUUGUGCCAAUCAUUCGAGGUGACGAAGACCCGGGCCUCGGCCAACCCAUCGCCCUCUGUGCAACGACUGCUCGCUACCUCGUUGACAACAUGUCCCGAGGCUGGCGAUGCCGAAAAGCCUCGUCAUUACAAGCCCCAGAACCCGUACAGCACCCCACUCUACUACCCCCAGGAACCCCUCUCAAUAUUCGAUGACCCGCGACUUUACGAUACCGGCCGGGUCGACACCGACACUCUCUUCUACCUCUUCUACUACCGUCAAGGCACCUACCAGCAAUAUCUUGCCGCCAAGGCGCUGCGCAAUCAAAGCUGGCGCUUCCACAAGCAGUACCAAACAUGGUUCCAGCGCCACGAGGAGCCGAAGAAUAUCACGGAGGAAUUCGAGCAAGGCACCUACCGCUUCUUUGACUACGAGAGUACAUGGAUGAACCGCCGCAAGGCCGAUUUCAAGUUCGUGUACAAAUACCUCGAGGACGAAUUAUAA